AGUUCGUAUAUUAAAAAUAUUUGAUAAAAAAUAGUAUGCCGUAAUGAUAUGCAAUUAGUUAAGAAACGAUAAAGAAGUAACUGCCUCUGAACAUUUAGAUGAGCAUUUUACUAGCGAAGGUAAAACUACAGAAUUCGUGAAUAUAAGCAUGGAAUCGUUCAAAUGCUUGAAUGGACAUUCAAUAUCCUAUAACAACAAAUGCGACGGCAAGUUUGACUGUGAAGACUUGUCUGACGAAACGUCUUGUCUGAGUGACUUCAAAGAGCACCCAUUACACCAGAAAGGAAGCGUAUUUCUUUCCUUACCGGGGCAUCUUGAAAUCAACUCAUUCUUUCAAUGUGGAAGCCAGGAAUGGGUAUCCAUUAUAUCAAAAUGUGACAAAGUUAAAGAUUGCGCUGAUGCAUCCGAUGAGAUAGGCUGUUCGAAAAAUGGACAAUGUGAAGAAGAUGAAUUUCAAUGUUCAGAUGGUGAUUGCAUACAUGCCAGUCAAGUUUGCAAUCAUAUCAUAGAUUGUGUGGACUCUACAGAUGAAUAUUGUGAUUUUGGAGAAUGUCAGUCCAAUGAAUAUAAAUGUGACAAUGGUGAAUGUAUUGAAAAUGACAAGAAAUGUGACGGAUUCUCACACUGUCUUGACAAUAGUGACGAAAACAACUGCGAAUCAUGUAAUAUCACCAAAGCAUUUCAUUGCGACGUUGUGAAAUGCGUAGAUAACCGUUUGAUAUGUGACACCUAUACCGACUGUGACGAUGGCAGUGAUGAAUCCAAUUGCUACAACAAAGGUUUUACAUCAUGUCAAGAUGUUUGGAAUGCAGGUUACCGACAGACAGGAGCCUAUCUGAUACAUAACAUUGAAGUUAAAUGCGACUUUGAUACCGUGUUAUCUAAGGGUGAAAUGUAUCUCUACUUCAUAAAUAGAGAUAUAUACUGGACAUCACCCCAGCCCUGGUUCCUUGAGUAUUCCAAUAGAGGAUAUACAUAUUAUAGAGUAGGACACGAAACAGAAGACUUGGAAAUAGAAGAAAUCUUUUAUAUAGAACGAAACUCAUGUUACAUGCAGGCAAUUCAGGAAUGUAGCCCGGUGCAUUUGUCCAUCAUUGAGUUCGAUGAGGACUUUUACACGGAAGAAAUUGGCCAGUGUCUUACUGACGAAUUUGCGUAUUAUUGUCUAUUUGGUUGUUCAAAACACUGGGUGAGAAGUUAUUACUACGAGAACUCGUACUUCAAUAAACGUGUAUCAAGAAUGCAUUUAUCUCAAUACGGAAAAUUCAUUUACUCGUACGCGAAAAAUUACGAGCUUUUACCAUGGCCGACCAAGUGUUCGUAUGAUUUUGAAGCUAAGGAAGAUGUUCUUGUCUGUGAGACAGAUGUCAAAGUGAUACCUAAUUACCUUAAAUGUAUGUACGACACUGACUCAAAUGGAGUUAUACUCGGUUGUAGAUCCGCAAGUCAUCUAAAGAACUGUG